CGGAGAGAAGGCCCUUCACCGACUGCCCGAAGCGGCCCUGCGGCUCGGCGGCCGCCAUGUUGGUGGCGAGGGGAUGUGAUGUGAUGGGCGGCCCGGAGCCCCGCCCCGGUACAUGGAGGAGCCUCGUUCAGAGAAAGCUGAAGGGAGAGAAAUAUCCAAAAUGUCUGCCUUCCUUCCCGUUGAUCGGAAGUCUGCUGAGUCUAAGGAGCAAUCUCGCCCCUCAUCUCCACUUCCAAAACCUCCAGAAGACACAUGGCAACCUCUUCUCCCUCAUGAUGGGCCCACGAUAUGUGGUGGUGAUCAAUAAUUACCAAUAUGCCAAGGAGGUCCUGAUAAAAAAGGGCAAAAUCUUUGCGGGGAGACCCAGUUUGGUGUCAAUGGACUUGCUCUCCAGAGACGGAAAAGGCAUUGCAUUCGCAAGCUACAGUCCAACCUGGAGAUUCCACAGGAAGCUCGUUCAUUCGAAUCUCUAUCUAUGUGGCAAUGGUCUCGAAUCUCUUGAGGAACUAAUUUGUAAAGAGGUGUCUUCCAUUUGCACCAUGCUUGAACAGUUCGUAGACGUCCCGCUCGACUUAAUGACCGAGGUGACACGGAUGGUGACAAAUGUGAUCAGCAUGUUGUGUUUCAACUCAUCCUAUGAAAAGGGUGACCCAGAGUUCCAGAAAAUACUUGAUUACAGCGAAGGAAUUGUGGACACUGUCGGAAAAGACAAAUUAAUGGACCUCUUCUCCUGGCUACAGUAUUUUCCCAACGAGGAUAUUCAAACUCUGAAACGAUCCAUUGCUGUUCGAGACAGUAUCCUUCAAAAGAAACUUGAAGAGCACAAGGCAAAUUAUAACAGUGAAUCCAUCAAUGACUUACUGGACUCUCUGCUGAAAGCUCAGGAGAAUUUAAAGAACAACAACAGUCCGAUCCCUAGACCACACCUGACCGACGACCAUUUGAUGAUGACCGUGGCAGACAUAUUUGGAGCGGGGGCGGAGACCACGAGUACUUCUAUAGCCUGGAUCAUUCUCUACCUGCUCCACUAUCCACAGGUACAAACUAAAAUACAGGAGGAAAUUGAGAAUAACAUAGGAUAUGAAAGACCCCCUAAUAUAAGUGAUCGAAGCAACCUGCAUUUUCUCAAUGCGACCAUAAGUGAAACGCUGAGGAGCCAGCCAGUGGCACCUCUCCUCAUCCCUCACGUGGCUUUGGCAGACACCAGCAUUGGCGGCUACACAAUCCCCAAAGAUUCGCAAGUGAUCAUCAACGUCUGGGCUAUUCAUCACGACGAGAAGGAAUGGGAAAGUCCAGAGACCUUUGAUCCAACUCGUUUUUUGGACACAGAAGGAAAGUACGUGCACUCACCUUCGCCCAGUUUCCUGCCCUUUGGCGCCGGCAUAAGAGCCUGUGUCGGGGAGGUGCUGACAAAGAUGCAACUAUUCCUCUUUAUUGCCACCUUCCUCCAGCACUUCACCGUGGAGGUUCCCGCCGGGCACCAGCUGGUGGGCCUGAAUGGGAAAUUUGGGAUCGUCCUGCAACCAGAGAAAUUCAAAGUCCAACUCAAGUCCAGGAAGGCGUGGAAAGACUGCGUCUCGUAAGACUGACGGCAAAGUGUUGCCCCGUUUGCAACCUUCCUCAGUGAGAAGGAGCAUGAAGCUAACUGUAAACCGCUGAGCCCCGUAUCUUCUAAAUGUUGUCAUUCGCAAUUGGCAUGUGCAUGUUAUGUCCAAAGUGUCUUUGUAAAUUUUCUCAUGUAUUCUCCACUGGAAAGAGCAACAAAAUGGUACCUUCAACCUUGUGUGGGGAGGUUUGCAGUUGGUGGGGUGAGGCCUUAACUUCUCUUCGGGUUUACAUGACUAGGCUGCAGGGUCUGCCCCAUUAGAGUCCAUGUAAAUAAGAGCCUCGAGGCGUCAAAUGGCAAGCUCUUGUAGAAUGAGGUUUACUGUGAUUGUAAAUCAGAUCUCCAAUCUCAACACCAGGAGAACAUCCAUUCCCUUUCCCUCAACGAGGCAACUCAAGUCGACAUUCACAGCCUUUGAGUAGUGAGGGAUUUUAAGGGCCUGUCCCACUUUCAUGACCUAAUUCACAACCUUUUUUAUUCGUGGACAUUUUUCAUCAGGCUAGAAAAAAGCCCGAUCUACCUUGAUGCCACGAGUACCUACGAUUACCAUGACGACCUCCUACGACCUAGUGACGACCAUGCUGCGGGCAUGAGUCAAGGGCAAACUCGGCAGAGGUCGUGAAUUAAGUCUUGAAAUUGGGCCAUGCCCUUUAGCAGGCAGCUGCUGGUUUUAGUUUAGUUUGCAGAUACAGCGUGGAAACAGGCCCUUUGGCCCACCGAGUCGACCCUGACCAUCGAUCACCCGUUCUCACUAGUUCCAUGUUAUCCCACUUUCACACCUGGACUUUGGCAUGUGUUUGUAUACAGUGUAGAACUCAAAGUGCAGGAGUAACUCAGCGGGUCAGGCAGCAUCUCUUGGAGAACAAGGGCAGGUGACGUUUUGGGUCGGGACCUCAGUCUGCUGAUUGUAGUCACGGGGGGGGGGGGGGGUAGAAUAUUGGAAAAGAGGUGGUGGUGGGACAAAGCCAGGCAAGUGGUAGCUGGAUGCAGCAAGGGGCAUGGGAGGAGUUGAUUGCUGCAAAUCUCUAUGCUGCUCUCUCCCUCACCCCCCCCACUCCCUCCUCCUGUCACCCUCUUUCCCUUUCCUCCUCUCUCUCCCUCCCUCUCCCUGCUUCUCUCCCUCAAGCUUUUCACUGUACCUUGGUAUACAUGACAAUAAACUAAACUCAAACUCAAGGAGAGAGGGAUUGAGCAGAAACUUGUUUUGACAAAUGUUGCAGCAUCGACACACUUGAAUAGUUUUGUUUAUUGUUAUUCUCACUUGUACCAAGGUACAGUGAAAAGCUUUUUUUGCUGUGUGCUAUCCAGUCAGUGAAAAGACCAUUCAUGAUUACAAUCAAGCCGUCCACAGUGUACAGAUACAGGAUAAAGGGAAUAACGUUUAGUGCAAGAUUAAGUCCAGUAAAGUCUGAUUAAAGAUAGUUUGAGCGUCUCCAUUGAGGUAGAUGGUAGCUCAGGCCCGCUCUCUAGUUAUUGGUAGGAUUGCUCCAUUGUCUGAUAGUUUUCUCUCUUCUCCCUGUUUAAAGUAAAACGUGGAUAAUUCGCUACCCCAUUUUUCGAAAUAUUCGAGGCUUUGGAAUCUGAGACCUUGAUCUCUGCAUUCCCGGUAAACACACUGGGGCCUUGGAUCCCGUGCUCCCUUUAAACUCACCCCUGUUCCUGUGCCCCCAUUAAAUUCACCGGGUUCACUGGAAAGCUCACUAUAACCAUAUAACUAUAUAACAAUUACAGCACAGAAACAGGCCAUCUCGACCCUUCUAGUCCGUGCCGAACACGUAUUCUCCCCUAGUCCCAUAUACCUGCACUCACACCAUAACCCUCCAUUCCUUUCCCAUCUAUAUAACUAUCCAAUUUAUUUUUAAAUGAUAAAAACGAACCUGCCUCCACCACCUUCACUGGAAGCUCAUUCCACACAGCUACCAUUCUCUGAGUAAAGAGGUUCCCCCUCAUGUUAUCCCUAAACUUCUGUCCCUUAUUUCUCAAGUCAUGUCCCCUUGUUUGAAUCUUCCCUACUCUCAGUGGGGAAAGCUUAUCCACGUCCACUCUGUCUAUCCCUCUCAUCAUUUUAAAAACCUUUAUCAAGCCCCCCCCUUAACCUUCUACGCUCCAAAGAAUAAAGACCUAACUUCAACCUUUCUCUGUAACUUAGUUGCUGAAACCCAGGCAACAUUCUAGUAAAUCUCCUAGGUUCAGGUUUAUUAUUGACACCUGCAACGAGGUACAGUAAAAAGCAGCUUUGUUCUGCAUGCUGUCCAUAGUUAUAUAGUCAGCAUGGAAACAGACCCUUUCCCCCAACUUACCCAUGCCAACCAAGAUGCCCCAUUUACACUUCUCCCACCUGACCGUUUUUGGUCAUACUCCGCUAAACCUUUGCUAUUCGUGUACAUUUCCAAAUGUCUUUCAGAUGUUGUUAUUGUACUUGCGUCAACUACCUCCUCUGGCAGCUCGUUCCAAACACUCACCACCCUGUGUGUUAAAAGGUUACCCCUCAGGUUCCAAUAAAAAAGUCUUUCCCCUCUCACCUUAAACCUAUGUCCUCUGGUUUUUGAUUCCCCUACUCUGGGACAAUACCUUAUCUAUUCCCCACAUGAUUUUAUACACCUCUAUAAAAUAACCCCUUAUCCUCCUGCACUCCAAGAAAUAAAGUCCUAACCUGUUGAACCUCUCCCUUUAGCUCGGGCCCUCUAAUCCUGCCAACAUGCUUGUAAAAAUUAAAAAAGCAAGUCCUCCAAACCCUGUAAUGUAUUCACCAUUGCAAUUAAACCAUUGGCACCAAUUCCUAUCAGUGUACCUAUCUUUUAAAUCAGACCAGAUAAUACCAUACAUAGAUACAAUCAAGUUAAACUUAAGUGCAUUGGGUAGAGCGAAGGGAAAUGUAUCUUGUACAGAAUAUUUCCAAAAAUCAGGGACUCCACAGAAAGACUUGGGACAAGUCGGGAGAGUGGGCAGAGAAGUGGCAGAUGGAAUGUAGCAAAGUGUGGAGUCAAGCAUUUUGGUAGUAGGAAUAAAGGCAUAGACUAUUUUCUAAAUGGGGAGAGAAUCCAGAAAUCAGAGAUGCAAAGGGACUUGGGAGUGUUGGUGCAGGAUUCCCAAAUAGUUAAUUUGCAAGUCGAAUCGAUAGUAAGGAAGGCAUACGCAAUGCCAGCAUUUAUUUCAAGAGAGAGCUCGGAUACAAAAACAGGGACGGAAUGCUGAGGCUCUAUAAGGUCCUGGUCAGGUUGCAUUUAGAGAACUGUGAGUAAUUUUGGGCACCAUAUCUGAGGAGGGAUGUGCUUGGCUCUGGUGAGGGUCCAGAGGAGGUUUACAAGAAUGAUCCUAGGAAUGAGUGGGUUAACAUAUGAUGAGCGUUUGUCGACACUGGGCCUGUACUCGCUGGAGUUUAGAACGAUGAGGAGAGGUUGUUUCCACUAGUGGGAGAAUCUAGGACUAGAGGUCAUAGCCUCAGAAUUAAAGGAUCUUUCUUUAGGAAGGAGAUUAGGAGAAAUGUCUUUAGUCAGGGGGUGAUGAAUCUAUGGAAUUCUUUGCCACAGGAGGCCGUCAAUGGAUAUUUUUUACAGCAGGGAUAGAUAGAUUAUUGAUUAGUACGAGUGUUAGGGGUUAUGGGGAGAAGGUAGGGGAAUGGAGUUAGGAGGGAGAGACAGAUCAGCCAUGUUUGAAUGGUGGAGAAGACAUGAUGGGCCGAAUGGCCUAAUUCUGCUCCUAUCACUUAUUACCUUUUGAAUCCUUGAAUAUGGAACAGUCCCCAACUCAAAGCAGUUGUGAAGUAUCAUACAUCUAAAAUAGAAAAGUCUGCUAAACACGUAUUUGAAUAUUAAUAGCCAUAUUUUCUGAUAGUCCAGAAGCUCUAUCCGCUGCGACACAGUGCAGCCAAUUAUCCUACAAACCUACAUAUUUGGAGUGUGGGAUGGAACUGGAGCACCCAGAGAAAACCCACGCAGGUCACAGGGAAAACAUGCAAACUCCUUACAGACAUCAACCAUAGUCAGGUUCGUACCCCAUGUCUCUGGCGCUGUAAGGCAGCAACUCUACCACUGCGCCACCGUGCCGCCCACAUCUGACAUCUUUUGCCUCCAUAGUUGCAGCUCGUCCUGAUUUCUUCCAUCAUUCUGGUUUUGUUCUAGAUUUCAACAUCUGCAGUCUUCCAAGGCAUCACAUUGACUCUUAUCUUGUGAUUAUUUCUCAUUGAUGAAUACUUCAGGGGGGUCACAGCUUCACAGUGAUGGUCCUUCGAAAUUAUGAUCCAAAGCUUGUGAUGUUUAUAUUAAAUAUUUGCAUGAAAAAAUUCUAUAUACAUAUAUAUUAAUUGACUAUUACUACUUGAUUUCAUCUUUUGCAGCUCAAUAAAGGUGUGGUUAAUGGU